CCGGGAACUGCCAACUGCACCAGCAUGGACGCGCUAACGGCGCUAACGAACGCGAACCCCUGACCACGUCUUUUCUGAGAGGUCACCGUGGCGCAUCAUCGCGGACCGCCAGCGCAACGCUUCAUCCGGGCCAUGUGUCCGUAAGGUAACCUACACACUCGCGAUUUUUGACUGCGACAGAUUUGCAACAUCGCAUGACGACGCUGCGCAACUGAUCUCACACCCAAUCUAACUUCUCCGCCCUGUAACUCUCCAACAAUGCUCGACAAACUCGUCGGCCUCGCCAUGCUCGUGGCCGCCUCAGUCGUCUUCCUCUACUACACAAUUUGGACCCUGUUGAUGCCCUUCGUCGACUCAGACCACCCGCUGCAGUCCUUCUUCCCCCCGCGCGUCUGGGCGAUCCGCCUGCCCGUGAUCCUGCUGCUGCUCGGCUCGGCCGUGGUCGGCUCCUUCCUCAGCGUGGUCAUGAUCCGCAGCAACCGCAAGAAGGCGGCCAAGGCGAAGGCGGCGGCGGCGGCGGCGAAGAAGAAGGCGUAGUUGGAUUUGCAACCGCAACACGGACCACCCCACACACACAUACACAUACGCACAGCAACACCAACAACAACAGCAACAACAACGACAACGAUGGGGUAUCUAUUUCUUCUUUGCCUGUGUGUGUCGUAAUCCUUACCCGGCCGACUGUUGGAGCUUGGUAUGG